AUGAACUACAUUCUCUACAUUUCCAUUGGAUUACUGGCAUUUUCAACUGCAAGGAUUUCUUCUCAAUCAAUCUGCGUGAACACUGGUCUCUUUACUAGUAUCUUUGAUCCGUUGUGCAGCGCAUAUUGCAAAGUCAAACUGUGCCAAACUGGUGAAUGCCGAAAUAACGGAAAUGGAGAUUCAACUUGCGAGUGUACUUCGUGCACGUUUUCUUGGCUUUCUUCGGAUUCGAACGACAACUACAAUAGUGGAACUAAUGGAAAUUAUCCACCGGGAUCUGCUGGAGAUGUCUCGAAUAAUCAAAAUUACAACCAAUAUGAUAGAUACAACAGCAAUAACAAUGGAAUGAACAAUGGUUACCAAUAUGGGUACAACGACAAUCAAGACUACCGCAACCCCGGAAACACAAAUUACCGCGAUAACAAUGACGGAAGUCAAAAUUAUGGCAACCGUUAUCCCGCAAACCAGAACUACAAUUAUGGCAAUGCUGGAUUGGCUAAUCAGUAA